AUGGUUCCUGAUCGGAGAUUGGAACAGCUUGUAGAGAGUACGGUUGAGAUGGGUCGAGAGCGGUGCCACUACCACAACGUGGCUGACGAGGCGCUGACACUGUUCACGGACCAUUCGUGCGGGCGGGAAAUGAUUCCAACGGUUACCACUCAGGUACUGGAGCAGCACAGCGAUGAGGUGUGGUGCGUGCAGUUCUCUCACGAGGGCACCAGGCUCGCCACUGCCUCCAAGGACCACACUGCUGUAGUCUGGCAGAUCGAUGACAGCUUCUCCCACCGUCGCCUGCACACCCUAUCCGGCCAUUCCCUCCCGCUCUCCUACGUGGCGUGGAGCCCAGAUGACUCGCUGCUGCUCACAGCUGGCAACGACCCCUUUGUGUGCCUCUGGGAUGCCACCACUGGCCGCCUGCUCCGCUCCUUCUCCAAACACCACGAUGCCAUUUCUGCCUGUGCGUGGUUUCCCUGCGGGCGGCGGUUCUUGUCAGCAUCUGCGGCGACGGAUCGCACAGUGUGUGUGUGGGACGUGGAGGGGGUCGAGCUGCCCUCGUGGGGAGGGGUGGGGCGGCACCUGUGGCAGCAGGAUGGGGGCGAUUUUCCUCGCAUCAACGACCUUGCUGUCAGCUCCGACUGCUCCCAUGUGGUGUCAGUGUGCAAUGAGAAGGAGAUUCGGGUGCACGAGCUUCCCUCGGGAAAAGAGCAUGUGGUGAAAGAGACCAAGUCAAUCACGUCGCUCAGCAUGUCUGUGGACGGCAGGUGGGUGUUGGUGAAUCUAUCAUCAGGCAACAUCCAUCUCUGGUGCAUUCAGGACAUAUGUGCUGCCAAGCCUCCUCACAGCAAGUGCCCCAAUUCUUUCACUGUCCUUCCCCCCCUCUCUCUCCCCCAACCAACCAGAUGGGUGUGGGUGUUGGUGAACCUAUCAUCAGGCGACAUCCAUCUCUGGUGCAUUCAGGACAUCUGUGCUGCCAAGCCUCCUGACAAGCCAGCUUUUUCGUACAGCGGGCAGGUGUACAUGUGGCAUCGCGACACUGGCGAGGUUAUGGAGGUGCUUCCGGGGCACUCCGGGACAGUAAACGCCGUCUCUUGGCCGACCACCCGGCCACACAUGUUUGCUACAGCCUCGGAUGAUGGCACUGUGCGCAUUUGGGGGCUACCCUCUCUUGUUGCUGGAGGUCUGGGAAUGGAAGUGGGAGGUUCGGAUGGUGGUAUGGGUAUGAAUGUUGAGACGGAUAGGGAGGAUGGUGGGGGGAGUGCGAUGUUGGGAACGGAGUGA